CCUUGAGCGACUGAAGUAACCGCAUGUCAUCUCAGCAUCUGCCCAGAAUCUCGAAGCAUCGUUAUCUGACAAGAGUGUAGAGUGAUUUUGGAGAAGAACACAGCGUAGUAACACAGGCAGUAAUGCUGCAGUAUGGAACCCGGCAAAAUGUGGAACGAUACAAACAGAAGCAAAAACAGCAGACCAAUCUCUUUCGGAAGAAAAAACGCCACUUGGAGGAAGCGAUGUGUGAAAAAAUGAAACUGCUGUGUCGUUCCGAAGGCCAACACCUCCGCACCAUGUAGACCGGUGGUCCUCUAAGGACACGAGACAUGAACCAUACUCGAAGAGGACCUUCAAGCACUCAGUUUUCUAGCGACACGUGUUAAGGGUGAUCUUUGGUGGUAUGCAGGAGAACGCUGUGUGCCAGAGAAGGAUGAACCACGAGAUCACUGCACUCUACGGCCAACCCAGCAUCCAGAAAGUGUCCGAAGCCGAAAGGAUAUUGUGGGCUGAGCAUGUUGCAAGGAUGCCGGACGACAACUUUGCAAAGUGGAUACGCUACUGAUCCGGUUGGCGUGGAGCGCAGAGAGCACGAUGGGCGAACCGCGAACCAGAUGAAGCAUGAUCUGGCGAAUAUGGGGCGUGACCGAAGAUUGAGAGCGGCAUUUUGCCCUAGAGGACACUACACGAUUCCAAAUGACAACUACACUUACACUUUGUACAGCAACCAAAUAUAUGCCAUUCCACUACAAUUUUAUUUUAUUUUAUUUUAUUGAUGCACAAGGGGGUCAUAGGGCCAAGUCUCCAAUGCAAGUCCGAGAACUUGCAUUGUCCAUAACACACCUUUGAAAUUGGGAGUAGGCAUAGCAACCUCUUUAGCUCUGCGGCUUUUAAGUUUUGCGUGGCCUUAAGGAUUGGGAAAGGUGGGAAAUCGAUGUGGUGUAUUGAACUGUAAGAGAAUGUGUUGUUAGUUAAAUGGUCAACGUAAUUUACCUUUGGGUCGCUUGUUUGGGGUAAGCGUUUUGAACAUACAUACUGGUUUUGCUGGGUUGCUCUUUCCUAUUUUCGUUCGAUCGUGUUGUUUUUUGUGGUAGGUAGUUGUGAUUAAAUUUUGGUUAUGUUCUUGGAAUGCUGCUUCGUCCUAAUCGCCAUCUCCAUCGAAAUACGAUAAGCCUAUGUCAUUUGCUGCCUGCGGUUUCUAGCAAAUCGUCUUCGUAGUCCAACUUUACCAUCUCCUGCUACAAUCGCUUCGUCGCUUUCUUAAAUUCGGCUGUCAUUACCAAUGUCCUUCCAAUUCCAACGAACAUCCGUCCAUAUCUACCUCUUGUCUACCGCUGGUGUUGCGUACAGGUAGUGGUACGUUUGGUGCUCAGUGAAACCGUUAACACUGAAGCAAGGUUGCGAACUACAAGCGCCGGCGCUACCUAGAAACAAUCGAUUAGGCAGUGUUGUUCAAACAGUGAGCCCGGUAGGAGGAACUGCACUGCGGUUAGGUGACCUGUCUGUCUCGUGAAGGAAUACUAGAUUUAUUGAAGCUGCGUGAAAUAAUGCUGCUGUCGAUAUGGUGUUCUGGUUCCGAGCGCGACUGACUUCCUAACAAACUUCAAUAAAUCUAAUUCACCUACCAGAAGCAUCCCGCCAUGAAAAGUACGUUCGAAAUAGAACUUUCUCUUCUAGAAGAGAAGAGCGAGCUAUGGCGGAAGCAUAAUGAAGAGCAGAGUGAGUUGCGACGAAAGUACUAUGAAGAGGAAAAUCGUCGAAUCGAAGAAGAAUACCAGCGAGAACUGGUGAAAAUUGAAGAGGAUUUCCAAAGGGCUGCAAAGAGAAUGAAAUCGGAUUUCAGCGCAGAGAUGAAAGCAGUACUACGGCAAAACAGUGGGUGUAACGUCAGCGAGGAAGCGGUGGUGGAACCGGCUCCGGCAGGUGACAAAACCCAGCCGAAAAAUGACUGCACUAGUGCAUCGAAUCCGAAUAAAGCAGACUCUUCCGAACAGCCUUCGCAAACAAAACCUUUGUCGAAGAAAUCUACUGUUCCAAGAAGCGUCAUCAAUGGUCAUCAAAGGCGCGGAGAGAUUACCAAAACAGUAUCAGCUGAUUCCCCUACAGCUGACUCGUACGUGAGCACUCGGUCUCCGACGUCAUCAAUUGAUAGGAGCAACCAAAUAUCUGCAAAAGUACCAGAGUGCAAAACAAAUCCCGUACAAACAACUAUCUUCGUUUACGAGACCAGUGCGGAACAAUUUGGUUCGGAUCAGGUAGCCUGUCGAGUGAUAUAUCAACCGAAGAUGGAACAAUAUUUUCACCACCGCCGCCGCCGCCGUCGUCGUCGUCGCCGCCGCAGGAAGGAAGACAAUCGUCAUCAGUUGAAAACGUUGCUGUUCGAUCCCGGUGGCUAUUGUGUUGCAGCAGUGGAACGAGUCAGCUCGACUUGCAGCGUAUUUACCACAAUUCGUAUCGACUGCAGUACGGUGCUGCCAUCUAGGUACAGUUUGAUGUGUAGGAAAGCACUUCGCAAAUUUGAUGGACAUGAAAUGAACAUGCGAACAUUUGGAGGUUCAGAUUGUUACCUGUUUCACGGGGGGGAAUGUUGCGUACAGGUAGUGGUACGUUUGGUGCUCAUGUCGAAUUCGUUUAUUUGCACCGCCUGCACCGCUUUGCCACCGGGUGUAGCAAACUUGCACCGAAACCGUUCGUUUAUUCGCAGGUACUGUUCCGUUUUGACACUCGAUUGGCACCGGUGCAAGAAAAUGCUACACCCAGAUUGAGCUCGGUGUAGCAGGUACAAAGCUAGUUUUACCAAUACAUGCAUAUCGCUGAACUUGUAUCGUGGUUUUGUUUUGGUAGGAAUGAUGUUUUUGUUUCGGCGUUAGGUAAAUAAUUUUCUUGGAUUAUUUGUUUAUUUUGAGAUGUUUUUUUUUUCGAACAGCAAAUCUGUGCUGUUCUGAGGAAUCUUCAAAAUUUAUUGGUGAAAUGAAAUUUCAAAAAGUUGCUACAACCCACAUUUUUCCCAUCACUAUAGUUUUUUUUUUUGGUUAUCGCAAAUAUGAGAAUGUAUUUUAAUCAGGGGAAAUGACACUUCCUUUGCUAACCGAAAAAAUGCAUAUUUCGACAAUGAUUUUUCCUAAGGGCCUAACUGACUUGAUCGAUUUCUCUUCGUCGAAUCUCUCUUUCGCUCGUAACUUGAUCAAAACAAACAAAAUAAUUAUUCUUUUUGCUUCUAUAGCAACAUGUAGUCGUCUUCUUCGCAUUUCAACCAAAAAAUCUUUGGAAAACUCAAUACACAUUCUGUGAUAUCACAAAGAGAGGGUCGAUGAAGAGAACUCGAAAAUGUCAGUUAGGCCCACAUGAAAAAUCAAUGUUGAUUUAUCCGUUGCUAACCGUAGUUAACCGCGUCUAACUGCUGCUCAGUUAGCAGCGGUUAGCGACGGUUAGGAAUGUAUAAACGCGGAUUUUCCAGUUAGAAAAAGAUAUGUCAUUCCCCUUGAUUUUAAUGAGAAAUAUGAAAUACUAGCUGUCUCCGGCAAACUUUGUCUUGCCUACUGCGUUUUUUGACGUUUCAAGUCCCUAGCCAAGCGCCCAAGUCCCCGUUCAAAAUGUACGAAACCCCGAUUUUCAAAAACUCCUAAUUUUCCAAUGUUUUUGGCCUCAUAAACCUUCCUUGGGUGAAAACUAACAGAACAAAACUUAGACGACCCAAAUCUGACCAGCCGUUCGCAAGUUAUGCGCGGUCCCACGUAUGCCACUGCAUUUUUAUAUAUAUAGAUUUUUAACAUUUAAAUUUUCUGUCCCAUGGUGAUCUCUUAUUUAUGAAAAAUUUUGACGUAAUAAAAUUUUGAUAAGCCGAGAAAAGAAUAAAAAUCUUUUAAUUCAAAUUGGACUAAAAUAUUACUGAAGUAACAUUUUACAGAAAAUUUCGAAAACCAUAAAUUCAUUUUUUUCCAGCAAAUAUUGAUUUUUUCAAAUACAUUGAAAGUCAAACAAAUGCCACAAAAGGAUGGUUAAAGCGUUUUUAAAAUGAGUUGCGUUUCAAUAACAUUAUGUUUUAAAAAGCAUUACCUUUUUUCUUUUUACGCUGUAGCUAACCGUUUUCUAUUGAACUGCCUUUAACCCUCUAAGUGUUAAAUUUGUGUACGUAGAUCGUUUAAAAUUGUAUGUUAGCAUUUUUUUUUAUUGGCCAACGAAAAUGUUUAAACUCUGUAAAAUUGCUUUUAAUUGCAAAAGAGUAUUAAAACGUUAGAUAAUAAUUUUCAAGUAUCAUUGAUCCACAGACAAUUGAUCAUUACAAGUUUAUCAUGUACAAGUGGAUUACUGAAAACUUUUAAAAUUGUUUUAUUGGAUAUCGGAAGUAAAAAAUAUUAUAUAAAUAAAUUGAAAUAAUUUUGUUCAUCACUGAAUCAUGCAAACAUUGAUGUUUAUUUUCGAAAUUUUUCAUUAUUUUCAUUGACGCUCUCACGUGCUCUUACUAAUACCAUCAUAAGCUGUCAACAAAUUGCACCGAAACCGUUCGUUUUUCCAGUGUCAAUUGCUACACCGGUGCAGUGCACCGUCGGGAAUAAACGAAUUCGACAUCAGUGAAACCGUUAACACUGAAGCAAGGUUGCGAACUACAAGCGCCGGCGCUACCUAGAAACAAUCGAUUAGGCAGUGUUGUUCAAACAGUGAGCCCGGUAGGAGGAACUGCACUGCGGUUAGGUGACCUGUCUGUCUCGUGAAGGAAUACUAGAUUGUAAGUUUGAAUGAAAUGUAAUUUAGUAUAAUAUAAUAAAACUGAGUAAAUUUGCAGUAUUGAAGCUGCGUGAAAUAAUGCUGCUGUCGAUAUGGUGUUCUGGUUCCGAGCGCGACUGACUUCCUAACAGCUGGAUUUCCACGUGAAAUAAGGUCUUUCUACUUUUUCCCGGGAUUUUGUAGAUUAGUGCUUUAUGCAUGCUUCUGUUCCUGAGACUUCGGAGCACGUCUUAGACAUGGCUGAGUACAAACAAUGCUCAUCUCCAGCGAUAUUUUUAACCAGCAUCACACCACCGUCGUACUGCAUUACUUCCAUUUUUCACUGCUAUCCCUGCUAUCACUCAUGAUACUCAGAUACAUGAAAAUAUAAAAGAAAUGUUAGUAGCGCUUUUGGUGAUACUUUCACGACGGCCAUUCAGAAUGGUUCAACGGAUGCAGAUGCGAAGAUCAUCCCUGCUGACUAGCAGCGUUCAUGAAACUCAGUUGAAGAUGAAACUUAAAAUAUACGAACACGAAGAGCAACAAAUAGACGAACGCGAAUAUUCUAAAAAAAAAAGAAUGAUCUUCCAUCCGAUCUUCAAGUGAACAUCCAAGCAGCAUCUUUCGUUCAGGCACUUUUGAAUGUCCGUAUGCAACUUGUUCUCACAUGAAAUCUGCCUCGACCAAGUUGGCAGAACGCGCCCAUACCCCUUUCUGAACCGAAGAGCAGGGAAAUAUAUGCCAUUCCACUACAACUGGAUCAAACUGGAUGACGUUGUGCUACUGUCACUUUUCUACUCUGUCCAUCCAUGGUAAAAUGAUGCGCACGAUGAUGUAGCUGCAAUUCGCCGAUAUCCAGUUAGGUAACCAGGUCCGUUAGAGCUAUGAGCUCAAAAAAGGGUCAGUGUUAGCCACUCUCGACAGCCACGCUAGCGACACUCUUGAAUCUUUUGACAAAUAAAAAGAAGAAUAUUUCCUAU